AUGUCAAUUGUUAGUGGUAAAACUGAAAAUCAUUUAGAUAUGCUUGAUAAUAUGCUUAUUGAACGUUUAUUAAAUGAUAAAUGGUCAACAUUUGCUCGAGUUCAUUUUGUUCGACAACUAGUAUUACUUUGUACUCAUUUAUUUUUUUUAAGUACAGCAAUAUUUUUACGUAAUCCAAAAGAUGAUCAAUCAUUGGUUAAAAAAAUUUUUUGUCAUAUUGCUGAAGUAUGUGUAUUAGGUGGUUGUAUUAUUAGUAUAUUUGCACUAUUAGCAAAAGAAAUUUAUUUACAAGGUUUUAAUUCUUAUUUACAAAAUCUAAAAAGUUAUCCAGAAAAAUUACUUUAUCAAUGUUCAUGUAUUCUUAUUGUUCUAGCUGUCCCAUUUCGUAUACUUUAUUUAAUAACAAAAAAUAUUACAUUUGGUUAUGUUGAAGAUGGCCUUGUAUCACUUGCUGUGCCUGGGACAUUUUUAUAUUUUCUUUUUUUCGGACGAAUUUAUGCCUUAACUGGUGCGUUUAUUGUUAUGAUAUUUGAAAUGAUUACAGGAGAUAUUGCAACAUUCGGCGUUAUUUAUGUUAUCGUUAUAACAGCUUUUGGUCAAGUUUUUUAUCUACUCUUUCGAGAUACAACCGAAGGUGGUUAUUGUGAACGAGCAGCACCUAAUGACACAUGUGGAGUGGAUAAUAUGUGUUCAUUUAAAAAUUUUGAAGCUUGGAUGACAAUGGUUCAUUUUACAAUGGGAGAGUUUGAUUUUUCUCGUUUUGAUUUAACACAUUAUUCAUAUUUAGUUAAAAUUUUAUUUAUUGUUUUCAUGAUUUUAACACCUAUACUAUUAUUAAAUAUGUUAAUUGCUUCAAUGGGUAAUACAUAUCAACGUAUUAUAACAAUUAGUGAAAAAGAACGUAUUCGGCAGUGGGCUCAACUUGUCUUAACUAUUGAAAGAUCUUGUUCGGCAAAACAACGAUUUGAUUUUCAAGGUGUAUAUGCUAUCGGUGCUGAUGAUAAACGAGAUAUAAUGGUUAUUAAAAGAGUUACAAAAAGUAAAGCAGCUCAACGAAAAGGAGCAAUUAGUAAUUGGAAGCGAGUAGGAAAACUUGUUCUAUAUUUAUUAAAAGAACAACAAACAACAGCUGAAUAUGUUCGUCUUCGACGUGUAUCUCAUCAAUCGGUUGUUCUUAAACCUAAAGCACAAUUUGAUCAUAUGCUAGAAACUCUUGCUUGGGAACGUGAUAUUGAUUUAUUAGGACCAAAAGCUUUAUCAGCAUCAAAUCAAAAUCUUAAUUUAGCUGCAACACAAAAUGCAGCUGAUUUAAUUUCAAUAGAUUCUCGUCCAUCAUCACCACCACCACCACAAUUUGUAACUAAUGAAUAUCCAGCACCAUCAUCAAUUCCACAACGAUUAACUGGUAAUCGUAAACCACUUCGUCGUUCUGAAUUAUCUGAACUUCGUUCUCGACCAUCAUUUGUUGAUUAUGAAGAUUUAGAAAUAUUUCAUCGUAAACGACCAUUAACAAGAGCACAACAACCAAUACGAAGAGUUUCAAUGAUGCCCGUUGAUGCUGAUGGUUAUAAAGAUUUACUUUUAGAUUUUGAUAAUAAACGAAAACAAUCAAAUCAAUUUAUAUCUCGUGGUACAUCCAAUACAAGUAUUAAAUCAAAAAUAAGUGAAACAACACUUUGCUAG